UUGUCCGGUUUCGAUUGUUUAAGAACGAGUGAUGAAGUUAAAGAUUAAUCAUUAUCAUUGCCGACGGUUUGUCUUAAGGCGGUGUUGUUAGCUUUGAACAUGAAUUUGAAGUAUGUUUUGGUUUCGUUAUGUGAUUUUAGUGGAUGAAUCAUAUGUUAUCUGUAUCUCUACUGCAUGUAGGAAUGCUUGUAUAAGAUUCUCACUGAGAGAAAUUUUGUGUAUAUAGAAGAAAGGUAUUUUGGUGUGAAUCUUUCAGCUCUUAGGUAUCCACUCCUUCAUUUAGAGAUUACCUUAUCUGCAGUAUACAGUGAUUAUAUUUCAGGACAAUGAGGAAUUGACAUAUGAUUAGAAACUUUACAUGGAAUUGGAGAGGUUAUUCAAUUCGUUACCAGUACUCUGGGACCAGUGGGCCUGCGCUGGUUCUGAUUCACGGUUUUGGAGCAAACAGUGACCACUGGAGGAAGAAUUUGCCAGUUCUUGCAGAGUCACACAGGGUAUAUGCAAUUGAUCUGAUUGGGUAUGGUUAUUCUGAUAAACCAGAUCCAAGAAAGCUUCAAGUUGAUCACUUUUAUACUUUUGAGACAUGGGCCAGCCAGCUAAAUGACUUCUGUAUGGAAAUUGUGAAGGAUGAAGUCUUCUUUGUCUGUAAUUCUAUAGGAGGACUUGUUGGACUCCAGGCAGCAGUCAUGGAUCCUAGAAUUUGCAACGGAAUUAUUCUUUUUAAUAUAUCCCUUCGUAUGCUGCAUGUAAAGAAACAGCCCUGGUAUGGAAGGCCCUUAAUAAAAUCAUUCCAGAAUUUGCUAAGAAACACUGCCCUUGGGAAAUUCUUUUUCAAUGCUGUUGCUACAUCACAGUCGGUGAGGAACAUUCUUUGUCAGUGUUACUAUGACACAUCACAGGUGACAGAUGAGUUAGUCAAGAUGAUUCUUGAGCCUGGACUUGAACCUGGUGCUGCAGAAGUGUUUCUCGAAUUUAUAUGCUACUCUGGUGGGCCGCUUCCUGAGGAAUUGCUGCCUUUAGUCAAGUGUCCUGUGCUGGUGGGUUGGGGUGACAAGGAUCCUUGGGAGCCAAUUGAUCUAGGGAGAGCCUAUGCGCAGUUUGAUUCCGUUGAAGAUUUUGUUGUGCUUCCUAAUGUCGGCCACUGCCCUCAGGAUGAGGCUCCUCAUCUGGUGAACCCACUCAUUACAUCUUUUGUGGCUCAACAUGCACCACCUGCCACAACUUCUUUAACUUGAGCAAUUGUAUUUUGGUAAGCCUGCACACAGUCUUAUUGGCUCCACCAGUUUGCUGAAUUACAUGUUAACAUGAUUUUUACCAGGUUAAAAGGAAUCUCACAACAUGAUUCUUUUAAUGUAUAUUCAUACUACACUCUGCUUUGUUCGUCUUAUGAUUCAUGUUCACUCAUACUUGCUUUCUUCGUAUUAAACUUCAUUCAUAUUAAAGCUAUAGCCUUAUCAUUC